GCCGGGAGUUGUAGUCCCGGGUCGCAUCUGGGUUAUGGCAGCGGCGGGCAGGCCCGGUCCGGGCGGUGUCCCCGCGGUGCGGGUCGCCAGCGGCCACAGCAUCCCGGUGCUGGGGCUCGGUACUUCCCACCGGGGUGGCUAUUCCCAUGCUGCAGUGGUCCAUGCCCUGCAGAGAUGUGGCAUUCGUCACAUUGACACAGCAAAGAGGUAUGGCUGUGAAUCCCUGCUCCAAAGGGCCAUCAGAGACAGUGGUGUGAAGCGAGAGGACCUCUGGAUAACCACCAAACUGUGGCACAGUGAUUAUGGCUAUGAAAACACAAAAAAGGCCUGCUUGGAGUCAUGUGAAAGACUUGGUGUUGAAUAUCUUGAUCUUUAUUUGAUUCACUGGCCUGAUGCACAGGUUCCAGGUAAAAGCAAUCGAGAGGUCCGAGCUGAAACCUGGAGAGCGAUGGAAGAGCUCUAUGAGAAAGGUUUGUGUAAAUCAAUUGGCGUAAGCAAUUUUCUUAUCAGCCAUCUUGAGCAACUAAAGGAGGACUGUGUGAUUACUCCACAUGUUAAUCAGGUUGAAUACCACCCUUUCCAAAGACCUCAGGAGCUGGUUGAUUAUUGUAGGAGCAGAGAUAUUGUUUUUGAAGGCUACUGUCCUUUAGCCAAAGGUGAAGCACUCACCCAUCCCACUGUCAUUCAGCUGGCAAAGAAAUAUGGCAGAACUCCAGCACAGAUUUGCAUACGCUGGAGCAUACAGAAUGGGAUUGUCACUAUUCCAAAGUCAACAAAGGCAGAACGGAUAGAGGAAAACUGCAAGGUGUUUGAUUUUACAAUAGCAGAAGAUGAUGUUGAAAUUCUGAAUGGAAUGCAUGAUGGGAGACAUGUUUCCUGGGAUCCAAGUUUUAUUGUGUGAAUCAAGGCUGCAGAAGUGUUCCUAUCACGCCUGUCCCCCCAACAUGACUUCCAAGGCAUUAUUUUAUGAGUAGCAUGUGUAAUACUGGUAAGUUCACAAAUCUACCAGACCAAGCAGACUGCGUAAUAUUCACACCUCUGUGGUUAACCCAUGCUUUUGAAAAUGGGGGUAAAGGUGGUGUAGCUCUUGCUGCUACUGAUUGAAUCCAAGGCAGUUAACUCUUUCCACCUUGCCACACCACUCCCAAAGCUUUGAAGCUCACCUGUCCCUAUUGGGCAUUGGGUAAAAAUAACAGAUGAGCCAACCUUCUGAUAAAUUUUUGUGUUGCUGUGUUGGGAGACUUUUUCUGUACCUA